AUGUCCCUUACUUCAGCCUCAGUCUUCCUCAUGUUGGCUGUCUUGAGCUUCGAGACGCAGAGCUUUGAUGCCAUCACUCCAGGAUGUCACCUCCAUCCAUUUAAUGUCACUAUAAGAAGUGACCGCAGAGGGACUUGCAGUGGGACCCAAGUCAUCAAUGCUUGUGUGGGAUACUGUGAAUCCAGUGCAUUCCCAUCCAAGUAUUCAGUGCUGGCGGCCAGUGGGUACAAGCACAAUAUAACGUCUGUAUCACAGUGCUGCACCAUAAGCAAACUACAAAAGGUGAAGGUUCGCCUAUUGUGUGGGACAUCCCAAUUGGAAGAAAUAGAGAUUGGAUCGGCGGAGUCAUGUCAGUGUGCCACGUGUCGCUUAUCCCGUUACUAA